GAGAGCGCCCCAGGAAGGUAUAAUUCCAUGGAGACUACCUUCCAAAGCAGCCAUUUUCCCCGGGGAGCUGAUAGCUGGUAGCUGGAGAUCAGUUGUAGUAAUGGGAGGUCUCCAGGUCGCACCUGGAGGUUGGCAACCCUAGAAACUGUGCCCGGGGUUCCUGUAGGUAGGUAGGUAGCAUGCAUUUUGCAUGCAGUUAGCAUGACCCAAAAUUCAACUGGUCAGCAGUCGUGUUCAUGUGGAGAUGGAGGUUGCCUUUUAACAAUUCCUUCUAAACUGGUCCAGAGGCGUUAACAGCAGCAUCAUGGCAGGGAGCAUCCAUGGACCAGUACAGUAUCCUGGGCCACAUCGGAGAGGGGGCCCACGGCAUUGUUUUCAAAGCCAAAAACAUUGAGACAGGGGAGACAGUUGCCCUGAAGAAGGUGGCUCUCCGUAAGCUGGAGGAUGGUAUCCCAAACCAAGCCCUGCGGGAGAUCAAAGCGUUGCAGGAGAUCGAGGAAAACCAGCAUGUAGUGAAGCUGAAGGACGUCUUUCCCCACGGCACUGGCUUCGUCUUGGUGUUUGAGUACAUGAUCUCGGAUCUUUCUGAGGUGAUCCGCAACUCUGAGCAGCCCCUCACUGAUGGCCAAGUGAAAGGCUACAUGCUCAUGCUGCUCAAGGGGGUGGCUUUCUGCCAUGCCAACGCCAUCAUGCACCGGGACCUGAAACCAGCCAAUCUGCUGAUCAGCUCCACGGGGCAGCUUAAAAUUGCUGACUUUGGCCUGGCCAGGGUGUUCACCAGAGAUGGAGACCGGCUGUAUAGCCACAAAGUGGCUACCAGGUGGUAUCGAGCCCCAGAACUCCUCUACGGAGCUCGGAAAUACGAUGAAGGUGUGGAUCUGUGGGCUGUGGGCUGCAUCUUUGCGGAACUUCUGAACAAUUCCCCGCUCUUCCCUGGCGAGAAUGAUAUCGAGCAGUUGUGCUGUGUCCUUGGAGUGCUCGGGACCCCCAACCAAAAUAUCUGGCCGGAGAUCACCGAACUGCCUGAUUACAACAAGAUCUCGUUCAAAGAGAAGCCCCCCGUCCCCUUGGAGCAGGUGGUCCCAGACGCCUCGCCGCAGGCUGUGCAUCUCCUGAAGCAGUUCCUGGUGUAUCCUUCCAGGCUCCGUGUGCGGGCUGCACAGGCGCUGCUGCACCCCUUCUUCUUCACCACUCCUCUGCCUGCCCACCACUCGGAGCUGCCCGUUCCCCAGCGGGGGGGCAAAAAGGCUCGUCCCCAGCACCAGCGGGACUUCCACGUGGAGCAGCCCCUGCAAGAGGCUCUGGUGGAUCUGGACCUCGUGGCGCCAUACGUGAUAGACAACUGAGGAGAUGGGCAAGAAAUCCCCCACGGCUGGCUUUGGUUGUCUCCAGGGUCCCAAUCCUUGUGCGGUCUUGGGGUGGGUGGAAAGGCUGAUGGGGCCUGUGAAGGGAUUUUGUCUACUGGGGGUUCCACUCCGAAACAUAACCAGUUUCUUGGGGGGGGCGGGGGGGACCAGAUUUCCUAGGACAGAAGGGAGAAUUUUGGCAUAUACAGUUUCUCUGUCACCUGCAGUGCUGCGUAAGGGAAAUUUUCCCUGCCCAAACUUAUGUAGCUCAUAAAAAGACAAGAACGCUCCCUGUCCAGUGUGGAAUUCAACCAACUUCUGUCCCGUAAGCGCUCUUUGGCCGCAUCACUGUAUUGUUUCCUAAGGCAGUACGAACCUCCCUGAAUGGUCCCACAGGAGAAUCCAGUUGCAAACAGUUGUUGUUGGGCAGCAGAAGGGAUUGAACUCCCCAACGGGGUGUGGAUGCUGCCUUUGACAUCUUUCCUGCCCUUUGGCUCUGCGAUGUGGCUUAAGUCUGUGUAGUUUGGGACACCGGGUUCCUUUGUCCUUUGGCACGGAGAGAGGACUCUUGGGGGCCUCCCCCACUGCUUUGGGCCUUUCCUGGCAGGGCUUGGGGACACCCCACCCUGCUGCCUUCUGCCUCCAUUCAGAAGCACUGGAACGUUUUGUAAUUAAACCGUUUCGUUAAGAGGGAA